UAGACCCGACCCAAAACCGAACUCAGCAAGACACCCCCCGCAAAAAUUCCAACCCGCGACCCAGAGAGCAUAGAUCAGCCGCCACCGCCAACCAAUGCGACCCGCCGCCGGCCGCCACCGCUGCCGGCGGCAAACUCCGGGCCGCUGCUGACCGCCACCGCCGGGUGCCAUCCCCAGCCAUGCCUCGCCUCCUCUUCCCGCUCCCCUCCCGCUCGCGCCGCCGCCGCCUGCUCGCCAUUCUGUCGAACACCUUCUCUGCGUCCGCCCACGCGCCUCCGCCGCGGCUUCCCCCGCCGCUCCCGCAGCUCUCCCCGCUGCUCCCCCACACCGCGGAGUCCUACGACUCCGUAUCCGCCGCCGCGGCCGACAUCGCCGCCUCCUUCCGCGACUGGUUCCUCGUGCCCCGCGCCUCCGCCGCCCCCGCCCUCGACGCGAUCUACGAGGCCCUCGCCGCGGACGACAUGGCGGCGCUCGAGGCGCUCGCGCUCACGGAGGCCUUCGUCCUGUCGGUGCUCCGCCACUGCCCGCGGAGGAUCCCCGACAGCGACGCGCUGCUGCUGCUCCGCCUCAAGUUCUUCGACUGGUCCGGCCGCCGGCCGCGCUACCGCCACACCCGCGCAGUCUACCAUGCCGUCUUCCGCCUGCUCUCCCGCGCGCGCCGCUCCUCUGUGGUGCUCGACUGGCUCCGCCUCUUCUCCGCCACCAACUCCUCCGCCUCCCAGCCGCGCUUCCACGACACGCUCGUCGUGGGCUACGCCGUCGCGGGCGACCCUCAGCGCGGGCUCAGCGUCCUCGGCCGCAUGCGCUACCAUGGCUACAACCUCGACGCCGUCUCCUCCCGCAUCCUGCUCAACUCGCUCGUGGAUGCCUCGCUCCACAACUUUGCCGACUCCUUCUCCCGCAGCAUUGCUGCUAGUCCCGUCACAACCUGCAUCCGCAUCAAGAGCCUCUGCCGUCGCGGCAGCUUUGACGACGCCGUGGCGCUCCUCGACACCCUCCCCUUUGCCCAGGCGUCCAGAGGGCCCGCCGCUGGCACUAUCAUCACCGAGUUCUGCCGGCGUGGGCGCUACGAUGAGGCAUCCCGGAUUGUUGAUAAGUUCUCGUCAUGUGAUGUGUACGGUGCGUGGAUCCAUGGUCUUAUUGAGGCUGGGAGGCUCGAUACUACAUUGCAGUUCCUUUCUGAUAAGAAGGAAGCUGAGGGAUAUAUCCCUGAUGGUCAGCGGUAUGAUAAGCUUGUGUACCGCCUGCUCCGCAAGCACAGACUUGGUGAAGUGUAUGAUUUGCUUGUGGAAAUGAUGGAGGAGGGCAUUGCUCCAGGCCGUUCAACCAUGAGCGCCGCACUUUGCUUCUUUUGUAAAGCCGGGCUUGUGGAAGUUGCCAUGCAUCUGUAUAGGUCAAGAACGGACCUUGGGAUUAACCCCAACAAGGAUGUCUAUAAUAAUCUGAUCAGGGCGCUGUGCCGCAGUGGGGCCACAGAAGAUGCAUGUCUGGUAUUGGAGCAGUCUAUGGCAGACGGGUACUUUCCUGGCCGUCAGACAUUUUCGAUGUUUGCAAAUGUGCUCUGUCAGGAAGGGAAGCUGGAUAAGGUGAGGGAGCUGCUCGAUAGGGCGCUGAAGCAGGAGGCAUGGCCAAUGGACAAUGUCUUGGCCAAGUACCUCGUGGCAUUGUGCAAGAGUGGGAAUGUGGACGCGGCAUGUGCAGUGCCUCAGAUAGCAAGCAGCAAGAACCCUGCGGGCCUAUAUCGUUACGAAUCAACUUACAAGAGCUUGAUUAGGGCAUUAAUAUUGAUUAGGAGGGUUGAUGUGCUGCCAAGGCUCAUACUGGAAAUGCAAGAUAUGGGACAUAUUCCGACCCGAAACCUCUAUCAGUCAGUUGUUUGUGCUUUGUGUGAGGAGAGUAGGUACGGUGAGGUUCUUGAGCUGCUGGAGAAACAGUUGGGGAAGAAUCAACUCCAACCCCGUGUGUGCUAUAACUACUUCAUAUCUGGGGCUGGACACGCUAAGAAGGCUGAUGUGGCCAGGGAGGUGUACAACCGGAUGGAGUGUGCAGGGAUUGAACCAUCCGUAGAAAGCAACAUCCUUCUUCUCAUGAGUUAUCUGAGGAGCAAGCGCAUUGGUGACGCGUUAAACUUUUUCAACUGCAUUCAUGAGAAGAAGGCACCUAGGUCCAAGAUGUAUAAUUUAUUCAUAUCUGGUCUAUGUGAAGCUCGGAAGCCGGAGCAGGCAAUGGUGUUUUGGAGGGAAGCAAGGGAUAAAGGAUUAAUCCCGAGCAUCACCUGCUAUGAAGAGCUUGUGCUCCUCUUGAGCGCCGUUAAAGAUUACGACAGUGUUGUCAAGGUUAUUGAUGACUUCAGGGAAACAGGUCGCCCUGUUUCAGCCUUCUUGUGCAACGUGCUUCUGUUACACACACUAAGGAGCACCGAUCUUCUGAAGGCUUGGACGCGUUCAGAAGAUAAAUCAGAGUCUUUUGAAGCAAGAGCUGGAGAGAUCAAAGGUCGGGGGGCAGGACGAUUCUUGAUUGGCCAACUUAUUGAGUUGUUUGCAAGUGGUAUUAGAAACAGGAGUGACUUGGAGGUUUUAGAGGAAGGUUUAGAGCAGUUCUUUCCUGUUGAUAUUUAUACUUAUAACAUGCUGAUACGAGGAUUGAGUAUGGCAGGGAGGAUGGAUUCUGCCUGUAACAUGUUCGAAAGACUCUGCAGAAAGGGUUAUCAACCAAAUCGAUGGACUUUUGAUACAAUGGUACACGGCUUCUGCAGGCAUGGCAACAGAAAUGAGGCUGAAAGGUGGAUGGAAGCAAUGUACCGAAACGGAUUCUAUCCGACUUGGUACACUAUGAGGUUAUACAACAAUACAUCCUUGCGAGCUCAUGAUCAGAAAAUCAUGUCAUUUGUCGAGUAGUUACCUAUCUCUUGCCUCGCAUCCAUCUGCUGGUCGCCCUUAAUCAUAUAACUUUGCUGAAACAGGCGCUCUUUUGGGGAUCAAACAUAUUCACGUGGAGAAUAUUCCUAAACUUAACAUUAUUGCAUCAUGAAUCACAUCACACCUGGCACAACAUAGCGUUGAAGAUGUUUUUAGGGUAGUAUCAUGUAACAUCAAUUUUGUUUUCCUUUGCCCAUGAUGUAUUUUACUAGUUUUACACUGUUUAUGUGGUGUAACAAUAAUUCAGUCUCCACUGAAUCAGUAUAUUAUAUCAAGCAAUGAAGAUUUAUCGUGACAUCAUCUA